UGCUGUGAGCAUGUACAAAAUACACCUUAAGGUGGAUCAUACUCAUACUGUAUGGACUGUAUGGUCAUCGCAGGUCGCAGGUCAUCGUCGCUCAUCGUCAUCGAUCAUCUUCGGCUUUACCUCGGUUCAUUCCGGUAUUUCCGGUCAUCUCAUCGAUGAUUACUUUUUUUCACUAAAUUCAUCAUCCUAAGUUUUGUCAUUUUUUUAUCGGGUAGUUUUUUUAAUCAUCAACAUCAUCUUAAAUCAGUGAUCGAGAUUUUUUGAGAUGUAUUACUUGUUAUUCUACUUUAUUAUAGCUUUUGGUGUUUUCAACUUUGUAUAAGUAUAUUGUAUUUAGUGACAACGGUAUAUUUCGUUACCAAUUCAUUGUUAUCAUUUGCACUUUGCAAAUGCAUUUCGAGUUACCUUCUUCAUGCGUGCAUAAUUAUUCGUUAUUACAGACUGCAGUAUUUUAGAUCUAUGAUUAAUUACGCCGAGCGAAUACUUCGCGAUGAAUAAAAGAAAAGCCACUAGCAUGGACGAGCCAGAUUGUAAACAGAAAAAAAGCGAAGACUACGAUGCCUUUUUCAUCUGUACUGCUAAAUCGCCUCCGCCUUUGAGAGACAUAUCAGCUGCUAAAGUAGCCUUAUCGUUAUGGUUUCACGAAUAUUUACGCAUUGAACGCAACUUGGAACAUAUCCUGUUUCCUUGCGAGGAUUCCAAUCGUGAUCCCGAUUAUUCAGAAGUAUUCGAUGGAGAUGAAUUGGACGAAUCUUACAUUCAUCGAUUCAAAAGCACAGCCGGAAGUCAUCGAACAUUUGUUGAGCUGGAAGCAUUACGAAAACGUAUUGAAACCUCCGUUCAACAAAUUCCAUUACCGGUACAGCUUCGAGAAGUUGUUGGAAAAUAUCCGAGUAUUAUCGAACGUCAAUUAAUCGAUUGGCUGUGUUAUCACGAAGAACGCCUUUUCUACUUGAUCAUCGAUCUCGACAUGAUUAACGAAAUAAUCGGCGUGAUUGUUUGGAGACCGGAUGUGACAAUCGAUUAUUUAUCCACUGCUCGAAAUGUGCUAGCUUUACCCCAGUUGAAAGAUAUUCAAAGGUUUCGACUCAUGUGUGCGUAUUGCUUUGAAGACGAAAUUAAACGCGUGCCUGGUGCGAUUAGUGAGCAGAAUUCAAUCGGGUUGACGUUCCAUGAAUAUCCGCUCGAGUACUAUUGGACAUGUUGGGUGAGAGACGAAAUGCAUAAGAUCAAUAUCGGCGAUGCUGUUUCAGUCGAAAGUUACAUGUUGACUAGAACUCGUGUCAAUAACUGGGCAGCUAUAGAGUACUUUUUCGAUCGACUGAAACCCGAAGAACAGGUGAACAAAGCUAAGUAUCUUAUACGUAAAUACGGUAUCAAAUUUCAAACAGCUCUGCUCUCGAAACUCAAUCUUUCUCAACGAGAUCGCGUUCUUACAUCAUGUUCGACAACCGUCAUCUUCAACUACGUCAAAAUACCCUCGUACAGGAAAUACGCGAUGGAAAUAUGGAACCGUUAUCAAAACUCAGUCACCUCGGGCAAUUUUUGUAAACUGAUCGACGAUUUUUUGACGCUGCUUCACAACGCUGAUAUAGAAAACGAUGAGAGUAAAAUGAAAAACGUCGAAUUUUUAUUUUUCUAUAUUUGGACCAACGCUUCGAAUGAGCUACGAACUUAUACUUUGAAUAACGAAGAAUAUUGCAUUCUAGACUAUUUUUUGUUCAACGAUUUCCCGCACCCGAAUAUCGAUCGCGUGAAGCUGAUCACUCGAAUGUUAUCAGACGCCGAAGACGCAUCUAAAGCUCAUUUAUUCGACCAAGCGGAAUUCGCUCGUUUUUGCAAAAUAUUGGUCAAGUUGUACGAUGCGAGUUUACUACAUCAGUUCCUUCGAUCGUGUACGUCCGAUGUUGGUCAAAUUUCCCAGUUCAAAAGUACCAUUUUGAACAGUCGUGAAAUUAAAAUACACUGUAAAGAUUUGAUUAGAAAACGCGACUUUGACUCGUUGAACGCCGUUUUGAUCAAUAAUUUGCCAGACUCGAAAACUAUCAUCGAUUACAAGAAGCAAAUCUUGAAGUUCAUCUGCAUCUCCAACUUUCAUUACGGUGUCAGAGAUGAUAUUAUCGAAGUCAUCGAUAAAUGUUUAUCGAAUCCAAUAGCCGCCGUUGAAUUGAAGAAAGAUGUCAUCUUGCAUAAUGAUGUAAUCGAAAGGUGCUUCCAUGACAUAAACGAUGGUAAAUUUGUCCAAUUCAAAACAGUAGUGGAGCUAUUAUUCGUUCAACCAGCAGAUCUGCAAGACAUCAAGAUAAAGUUAUUGCUGAAUUUUAAAAAUAUCUUCGUAAAUGGUACCUUUUCCGAACUAAGAAUGAAUCAAUGGAAUGGCUUUGUCAAAUGGUGUUUGCAUUUCGAAGUGAAUAUGUCUGAAUUCAAGAGCUCGCUACCUAUCGAUAAUAUUUUUGCGGAUUUAUUAUUGAAGGCUGUAUUCGUAUCAUCUCACCAGACCUCGCUCAGGAGUAAAUGUAAUUUUGAAAAUUUGAAUGCCUUGUUGAAUUGGUAUUUCGAAUCCAAGGAGGAGAUCAAGCGGUAUAAAAUCAACGCGGUGUUUUUAUCGAAGAAGAUAAAUGUGAUUGAUACGAUAAUCGACAGAAAAAAGACAGAAAUUUUGAAAAAUAUUAUCCAUUGGUGUUUCGAAAAUGAUCAAGAACUUAUUACCCAAUUCAAGAUUAAUUAUAGUUGUCACGCGAUUGUUGAAUUUUUGUGAUUUCUGUUUUGUUUCGAGUCGAUUUACUAAUCACUGUAUUCUAUGAAGUAUGAAUCGAAUUUAAAUGCAUUUGAUGUUGUUUAUUUUAGUUUGUAGUGAUUUUUCAUCAUCUUUGUUUCUUUUUUUUUUAACGAGUAAGCAUGCUGUGUUAUUUUUUUAAUACCUAACGAUUCGAUUUUUAUUUUUGUUAAAAUUUGGUACGAUAUAAUUUUUGAUGUGAAAUAAUGUCUCUCGUUUUAUAGUCUUGUAGUAAUGUUGGCAUUCUUGGUAGGUACUUGAAAAGGUUGAGUGAAUAAUUCAAAAAAUGUAAAGAUAAAGUAUUUUAAAAUUUUGAUGACCUGAAAAGAAUUUUAGUUCACUUCAACGAGGUAACUACCUAGUCAAGUUUUCUUACAAAAAUCACAAAAUUCAACUGUAGAAGUGAAAGUGAACUUCUAUUUUUUGGUCUCCGUUUUCGAAGAUUUUAAUGGGACAAUCUUAUAGCUGACUAGAUUUCUUACCACUGGUGAUUCGGCUACAUAGAACAUCAAACGUGAACACUUUUCGUAGAGUUAUUCGUAUUCGAUUUUUAUUUCGAUUUUGGGAAACCUUUUGGGUACCCAGGUACUUUAUAGUUGAAAUCUCGUGCGACCUGAUCCCAAAAUUCAGGGACCUACAAUUUUUCCAAGUUCUCAAAAUAGGGUUUCCAAUUUUCCUUUUCUUUCAUCGAAUUUUUGUUCAAUUUUCUGAGAAAAUUCUUUGGCUAUACCUUAUGCUCAUAGAUUUCAGCUCUUCCUCAGUUUCUCCUUCUAUUUAAAACUGUUUACGUAAUAUCUAAUUAAUUCAAGCUUCAAGAUACCUAUCAUUAACCAUCACAUGUUCGUUCGCUUUUCGCUGCUAAAAUUCCAUUUUCACUCAUUUUGCACUUUUCACUGUUGAAUAUAAAAUUGCCAAUUUUAAUAAUAUAACAACUUGAAUUUAU